AGGAGAUCCGCCAAUCAGCUUAAAGGGGCGGGAAGUGUCAUUCUCCAUCAGUGUUUGUAAAGCCGAUACAUUUUACACUUGCGUGUACACAUUGAAAGGAGAGUAGACAGCAACCAUGUCGUGUCCAGGGAAUAAAGACACUAAAGUCACAGGAAGCUUGGAAAAAGACAACAAAACAUCACAGAGGACAGGUCCUAGUGAGAACUUUACAGAAACAGAUGGGUAUUUCUGCAGUUCUUUCUCUAUGGACCCUGCGGAGGAGUAUAAGAUGAACCACAAGCGGCGAGGCCUGGCUCUCAUCUUCAACCAGGAGCACUUCUACUGGCAUCUGAGGAUGCCCCCCCGCAACGGGACCAAUGCUGACCGCUCCAAUCUGGUCAAAAGAUUUGAGGACUUGAACUUUGAAGUGCAGGCCUUUGAUAAUCUGAAGGUGGAGGAAGUUCUGGAUCAAAUCAGUCAGGCGGCUGAGGCCAACCAUGCUGAUGCAGACUGCUUCGUGUGCGUCUUUCUGAGCCACGGAGAGAACGACCACGUCUAUGCUUACGACGACAAGAUCGCUAUCCAGGACAUCACUGCCCUGUUCAAAGGAGACAAGUGUAAGAGCCUGGUGGGCAAGCCCAAGAUCUUCAUACUACAGGCGUGCCGUGGGGACAAGCAUGACGAUCCAGUGACCCCCAUGGACGUGGUGGACAGCGAGGUGAAGACCAACGAGGUGGUGGUGGACGCUGGGGUGAUCUACACCCUCCCUGCUGGCGCUGACUUCAUCAUGUGUUACUCUGUGGCUGAAGGCUACUAUUCCCACCGCGAGACGAUCAACGGCUCAUGGUACAUCCAGGACCUGUGUGGGGCCAUGCGGAAGUUCGGGGAUUCCCUGGAGUUCACGGAGCUCCUGACCCUGGUCAACAGGAAGGUGUCCAUGAGGAGCGUUGGGAAUUGUAACGACAAGACCGCCAUCGGGAAGAAACAGGUCCCCUGCUUCGCUUCCAUGCUCACCAGGAAGCUCUACUUCCGACCCAAGAAGCAGUAAGGUUCCAUCCACUGGGCAGCUAUUACGUCAUUCAUGAAUCCUGCUGUAGUUGUUUUGAAUGUUUUUUGGGAGAAAGGUUGUCCUUGACUAUAAUGUCUGGUGGUUCUUUUUGUUAAACGUUUGUCUACAUUAUUUCGAUUUUGUUUGUUUGUCUUGAGAACCAUGAAAUACACUUCAUCAAGCUGUGCAUAUUCCCUUUAUUCUAAUCUUUCCUAUGAAACCAAAUGGAGAUCAUGUCAUUGGCUGAUGAUUGUGUAUGCAGUGUUAUUUUAACACACAUUCUGUGGUGGCAAAACUGACCUAAAACAAAGCAUGGUACUAUACUGGUGAAACCUGCUUGGCUGCUCGGCUUCAGGCUUUCCCUGUUGGUGUUGACAGAGGUCAUGGAAUGUACCCGCAGGGCAGGUAAAAGAGUGACAUGAGAAUGGUAAUUGAGCAUUAACAUUUCAAAUGACUUUAUUCUCAGUCUGUUUGUGGAUAGCUGUUUGUUAAGAGGGGAUUCUCAGUCAGUAAAGGAUUUUGCAUCUCCAGUCCCUUAAGGCCUUUCUCGAGAGAAUACUGCUAAUUCUUAGCAUUGACUAGUGGUUCCCUGGGCUUGAUUUGUUUACAUCAACUAUCUGUGUCAAAUAUACAAAGACAUGUGCACAUUGUUUGGAGGAGGAUGUGGCUCUGGGGUUAAAUCCCUACCUUGCAUCCAAAAGGUGUGGCUUUAAUCCUUAUCUCUUGUGCAAGAUUGUGCAACUGUCUUUGUCCGACAUAGGAAGAAAAGUGUCGAUUGGGGUAAAGAGUGGGUGGCUCUGGGGUUGAACGCCUUCCUUGCAACCAAGAGGAUGUGGGUUCAUACCAUAUCAAUACCGUCCAGCACGGUGUUUCCUCCGACACAUUGGUGCGGCUGGCUUCCGGGUUGGAGGCGCGCUGUGUGAAGAAGUCUGUUUGUGUUUCGGAGGACUCAUGGCUUUCGACCUUAAUCUCUCCCAAACCUGUACAGGAGUUGUAGCGAUGAGACAAGAGAGUAAUUAGUAACAAUUGGAUACCACAAUAUUAGGGAGAAAAGGGGGUAAAAAAUAAAUAAUAAUAUGUUGCCUUGUUCUGUCAAAAAGGGAAUUUGUGUUAUUUCUCUUUGUACUUGGAUGUGCUUAGACUUUACAACUCAGAUGUAGUUUUACAUGUUUUGAAAGCGACAGGCUAAACGUGAACAAACAACUCCAAUGUGGAAAGUACCUCUGGGAGUCAAGUGUCUAGUACACACUGCAAGUUUGGUCACAUGACCUACUGUACUACUCUGACUCAGGAAAACCAGUCCUAUACCAUUGCUCUUUGUUAUUGAGGGUAUUUGACAACUGUUUUCAACUUAAGAUAAGAUCACUUUAUUGGUCAAUUUACACCCCCCCCACAUCCCAUCUGGGCUGGGAUUGGAAACCCUCCGGUUGCUGGCUCGCAUCUUUAAGAACUUGGCUACCUGUCGCUCCAAUACUGAACAACUUUAACAGUACCAAUCUUUUUAAAUACCAUUUUUGUACACCACAUGACUACAGGCAUAUUCUUCAGCCAGAAAAUAUAUAUAUAUAUUAUAUAUAUAUAAUAUAAUAUAACUCAGAUAAGACAACUCAGGGUACCAAUCAACCGACCAUCUCAUGUUUAAAAAAUAAAUAAUUGUUAGUCACUUGGGAGAUAUUUACUAAAGCAAUGACAAUGCAUGAGGUAUUACUCAUUUGUAUGUGAACCUGAGUGCUGGACACCAAUUCAUGUUUCUAUUUCUGAAUUGUUCAAGAAAAUGAGGACCAUUUUAGUCUCCAGUAAUGUACUUUUCUUGUAUUGUGGUCCACCAGGGAAAUGUAUCUCUGACCUUUUGGGAGAUUGGGUUUGCACUAAUAGCAUUUGGAGAGGUGCGUGGGGCUCCUAUUGAGUUAGAAUCUCUCAUUUAUAAAAUGAAAUAUGUUUGGGGUUUUGAUGAUUGAAACAAAAGUCUGAAUUGAGGUGCAAUAAAAUAUUGAAAUGUAA